GAGACCAGUUAUAGUGAAUGCAGGGUCCUGGGAGACCGGAUAUAGUGACUGCAGGGUCCGGGGAGACAGGAUAUAGUGACUGCAGGGUCCAGGGAGACCGGAUAUAGUGAGUGCAGGGUCCGGGGAGACCAGAUAUAGUGAAUGCAGGGGCCCAGGGAGAGCGGAUAUAGUGAAUGCAGGGUCCGGGCAGACCAGAUAUAGUGAAUGCAGGGUCCAGGGAGAGCGGAUAUAGUGAAUGCAGGGUCCAGGGAGACCAGAUAUAGUGAGUGCAGGGUCCGGGAGACCAGAUAUAGUGAAUGCAGGGAUCCUGGGAGACCGGAUAUAGUGAAUGCAGGGUCCAGGGAGAGCAGAUAUAGUGAAUGCAGGGUCCGGGGAGACCAGAUAUAGUGAAUGCAGGGUCCGGGGAGACCAGAUAUAGUGAAUGCAGG